AGCUAUUUCCGAACGCGCUUCGCAUAGAAUGUGCCGGUCAGCUGUCUUUGACAGAUUGGUUUUAGUUUUGUUACUUGUUUGUAUCGAAUUGGUGUUUGUUAUUCGGCCAUUUCGUGAAGUAAAUUAAAAUUAUAAUGCGGUUGUUAUGGACUUGCCCACAUUUCAUUUUCUGACAUGCUUAAGUAGCUACACAAUGUGGAGUUAUGGUUACCGAUUAGUUUAAAACCAUGCUUUCUUUAUAUUUGAUUCAAUUCCUUCUACUAUGUUCCACUCCAACUUUGCAAAGUGAAAAUUUGCGCGUCAUAGCAAGAAGUCAAACAGCCAGUCUAGAAACCUAUGAAUCAUAUUUAGAUGCUGUAGUAAAUAAUUUUCGGGUCCCUGAAAAUACUGUUUUUGCGUCAUUCAGAUUCACUGCUUCAGAACAGGAUCUAUCCGUUUUUGGUUGUUCUACAAGAAAUGUUUCACUAUAUAUGAAGUAUGGUUCACCUCCAGUAAUAAAUCCAGAUGGGUCUCCAUUUCCGGAUGACUUUAAGAACAUCACCCGUCCAGAAAUAUACAAUUUGGAGUUUUUUACAAACAGAAAGGAACAUUAUAUUAACAUUAGUGCUCCAGACCCGGGAAUUUAUUAUGUUGCUAGCUUUUUGUCUUAUUCUGAUCCACGCUACCGAGCUCUGACACAACAAGGUUUGGGUCAAUCAUGUUACGCUUCGGUUGAAACCGUGCUUCACGUAAAACAAGCUCCUAAUCCCACAAUAAUAGCAGAAAACCAAUAUGUGGAUGUAACCCUAAAUCAAACGGGCACCCGCCAUUUUAAAUUCUACAUUCCGGAGGGAAUUGAUCACGCAUCGAUAUAUAUAGACAAUUUUAUAGUUUCCAAAUAUGUUAAGUCGGUGAACAUCUGGAUCCAAGCAAAAAAACCUCCUACACCCGACAGUUAUUUGAUAGAAAAAGCUAUUUUUAGCAAUGACUCCGCGUACAAUCUAAAGUUGCGAACUGAACCGGAGUCCUGGCAUUACAUGACGAUCGCUACACCUGGCGGCAUUCCUGCCGACCUAGAGUUCAAUUUUAUGAUAAAAUACUUUUCUAGUCAAAUAUAUUUGCAUUCCCGGUUACUGGAAAAUGACGACAUCAUCUUGAAUACAACCACAGUUAUCAGAACUUAUUAUAGUAGUAAUCUGACUGAAACGCAACCUUAUAAACUACAUUAUUUGGUUAGGGAGUCCAGUUCUGAAAGUUUUUUGUUCUCAUUCGAGUUGGAGGACGAGUUCAAUUCCAAAGUUCUUGUCCCGAUUAACGUAUCAAGCGACCAUUUUUCCGUUUUGAAGUUCAAAUUGCUCGAAGGACACGACAUUGGUGGAACACUACAGUAUAUACUAGCUUUCAGACCAACAAUAACUAAAGCCGGCAAGUUUCUGAGAUAUAGCAAUGAUCCAGGAGAAGACAUAGUCGUCGCUUGUAUUAAUCACGGCUCCAUCGCGGUACCCACUUGGCCUAAUCUUUGCGUGUCUAGCAGCGAAACGUCUCAGUCGCAAUUACUUCUCAACAGUAGUACAUCCAAUUCAACCAUACUGAUACCAUAUCCGGAAUAUGGUGUUUGGUACGCCUCGUUCAAACUGUUCAGUGGUGAGUGCGAUCCCUGUAAUUGUUCCGAUUCCUGUCAGAGUGACUACAGUUUGUGCACCGAUCAGUGCGAAUUGAUUUCUAUCAAUUCGAAUGAAGGGGAAUAUGAAAAUUGCAUGAGAAACUGUAGUUCAACCGUUAUCGCAAUGGAUGAAUGUUCGAGUUGCAAUUGCGAUGGUCCAUGUAAAAAGAACUCGGAUAUCCACAAUGCCAGCGUCGUUUUUGACGUCAGUUCCCGUCCAUGUUACUAUGGAGAUUGCGGGAGGAACGGACGUUGUGUGUUUAUGAUCUCGGAGGGCACGGUGUACUCCACUUGCUACUGCACUAAUAGUUACAGAGGUUUUGAUUGUUCAGACGGAUCAUUAGCUACACCAUACUACCUUGUGGUUAUUGGAUUUCUGCUCCUUGUGUUUAGCAAUUUACUGUUCCUGCCUUCGACAUAUGUGGCAUUUAAACGAAAGUAUUAUGUAGAAGCUCUUUCCUACUUUUCAGUAUUUAUCUUUUCGUCUCUGUAUCACGCUUGCGACGCGGGCGAAAAUAUUUUGAGCGUGUGUGUUACGCGAUUAAGUACGCUGCAAUUUGCCGAUUUUUUCUCGGCACUGUAUUCCAUGUGGCUUACUUUAUUGGCCAUAGCCGACUUAAAUCCGACGUGGUUGUCCGUAUUGCAAGUGGCCGGGUCUAUCGUGAUCGCAUUUUUCGUGACCCUCAACAAAUUAGCAGUUUGGAUAUUCCUCAUACCCACUUGCCUGGGGAUCAUCAUUAUCGGCGUGAACUGGUUCCAGAAAUAUUGGAAGUUCAAGCAGAGGUUCAUUGAUAAAAUUUAUCUGAGGAUUAAAAUGCCACUGGGCAUUUUAUCUGUGUUGUUCGGAUUGAUCAUUUUUGGGCUGCUGCAGACGGAAAACAACUAUAAAUAUUUGCACAGUUUGUGGCAUAUUAUGAUGGCCGUCGCCACGAUGCUGUUGCUGCCAAAGCGGAACACGUUCCAAGUAGAAGUGUUACUUUAAAUUAGUGUUACUUCUUUUUCAGAAUGGAUAGCUAUAUAUAUUUUAUACACGUUGACAAUUUAUGAUAGUGAUAUAGUUGUAGGAGGAAGGAAGGAAGGCGAAAAAAAAAUUGUUUGGUUCCUCUAAUUUAUAUUUAGCUGAACUCGAAUCACAGGUUCAUUUCUAUUCUGAGUUACAUUUGAUCUACUUGGUUGUAUUAAACUCAUUAAUUAAUUACAUGUGGCAUUGUCAACUUGGUCCAAUAUAAGAAAUUCAAAAGCUAUACAAGGCACUACCUUUGUGAUUCUAAAACAUCUGCAACAAUUUUCAAAAUUUUGUCAAUAUUAAAUUCCAAAAGUAUAUAAAUAUACUUUGAAAUUGAUAGGUAACAGCUGUCCCACUAAGAAUAGCUCUUUUGGCCGUAUUGUCUGCGAGUAAAAAAUAUUUCCGAAGAGCCCAAAGAAAAUCGAUGCCAAUUAUUUUUAAUCUCUUAGAACGGCCGCCAGAUGUCGCAACUUCUGUGACGAAUAAGAAAAUGAGAUUUUUACAAAAUUUUGCCUAGGGUAAAGGUGUUAAAUAUAGUGUCAUGAUAGUCUUCGUAUGUUUUGCCCUGUCUGCUAAAAUUAUGUGGUGGUUAAGGUUAGUUUAAUUCCGCGUUUUUUUUUUUUAAUUUCUCAACUACUUUAUUUUUGAAAGGGUGAGUAUACCAAUUCUUAGAAAAUAUGAGAACCAAACAGGUAAUUUAUUUAAUGUCAUAUGAAUUAAGCGUCAAAAUUACAAUUUUGAUCAUUGAUUUAUUUGGAUGAUUUGAUUUCUAAAUGCCUUUAUUAGUUGAUGUAAUUAGGAUACACUGUGAAUCAUUUCGCAAAACUUUCUUCAAGGUGCGAAACCUAAGCAUUAAAUGUUCUAUUCUUGCCGCAGACUUCAAAAUCACCAUUUUCAAUCGCCUACUUGUUUUGGCGUUAAUUAUAGCAUUUUACAUAAUAUUCAACUAGUAUUAUCGACAUCAAAGUGAAUUAGUCAUUUAUUUCUUAUAUUUUUUUAGAAUAGUCAUAGCCAAGGACAUUACUGACACUACAUCUAAAAAUUAGAUAGACAAUGGCGUAUCAUUUACUAUUAAUUACACUUUUUGCAAAUGUCUUAGAUUAAAAAAAUACCAAGGUGCGGUUUUCGCUGAGUUUUUAAAUUUUUAUUCCUCUCUAAUAUUAGCUGAAAUUACACAUACUGUUGGAAUUUUUGAAAAAAUGCGCAAAUGCUCCCCAGGGUCUAGUAUUAAAUACAUCUACGUUCUGCAAGGUAAAAUAUUCCUAUAACCCCAUUCGGAGUUAUAAACAUUUAAAUAAAAAUAUAUCUAGCCAUCCCCCAUUACUCUGUUUUAGUACAUAUAAGAAAUUGGUAAAGAAAAAUAGAAAUUCGCUAAAGUUAAGAUUAUGAUCCAAAAUUUCGUGAAAAUGUCAUUUCUUAUUCGCACUAGCUGUCUCUAGCGGCCGUUCUAGGCAUUUUCAAAUUAUUUCCAACAAUUUCUGUUGCUGUCUAUGGGGUAUGGUAUGGUAUUGUAGAAAACAGUUUUUAGGAUGUAACCUUUUUGGCAUUUAAUAGAAACAAACUUUACUUUCUCACGGAAAACUGCACAUCUUCUUUCAUUUUCGGAAUACUCCGGUAAAUAAUUCAUGGUGCAAUUUGUCCUUUAUUAGAUUUCUGGCCGUUCGUCUUCAACAGACUAAAAGCAACGUAUCUUCUCAAUUUCAAGAAGGCAUUAGACAUUUUGUUUGAAGAAUUUACGGUUCGAAAAAGUAGAAUAUUGACCAACCGUCUAGCUUGUCAACUCCUCCCAUAUCUGUAUUGCGACUUUCAAAAAUUUUAGGUUGGGAGGGGGCGGGGAUUGAGAUUUUUUAAUUUAUUGCCGCGACAGUAACGUAGUAGAUUCGAAGUUGGAUGCUGCUGUAACAACUUUAUUGUCUUUCCAGUACACGAAAAAGAAUGCAUUCCGCGUUCUUCUUUGAUAGACUUUUUUGACCAAUUUUUAGUGGAUAAUCCUUUAAUCUGUUAGCUCUAAUAGUACCUGUGGCACAGUAUCCUCACACAGAAAGGUGGCCUAGUAACAUAGAAGCAAAAUAAUUCUUGAUUUCGAGGAAUUUCAGCCAAUUCAAGCGUGUUCAAUACCACAGGACCACCUAAACCAAAUGAAUUUGUUUGCUUUUGAGAAUUAUUUUUUCCCAAUGUAUAUAUCAAAACUCAACAGAUAUUCAUUAUUAGAGCAUAUUGCCCAUUUUUGGCACAUUGCUUUCAUUUGACUAGUAUAGGCGUUUCUUUGGAUAUUUACCGUAUCCAGACACUAGAAGACCUCCAAAAAUGACGAGUAAUUCGCUUCUUGUCAUGUUCAAAAUAUUGUUUUUAGGAUCAGGAGUUUUGCAACUACAGUUCUGCUGAAUAUUCAAAAGUAAAUUUUGAGUCGAGCAUUUACUUCUCUUCGGAGGUGGGGGUUUGUUGGAAUUUACUCGAAAGUUGUAAGAUGCACCACGAAAUAAUUCUGCAAGUGGUAUAUCAUCAUCAGGAUCUUUGUUGGUAUGAACAAGAAUAGCAUCGUAAUAUGCUUCCUCAUCACCUAAGCCUAAGUGGGAAAUACUUUCAUGAUUGUCAUUAGACAGUUCACUGUCCAUAUCAGCCCCAUCUGUAGCUUUCAACGUCACUUUUUUCUAAGCAGUCGACAAGCUCAGACAGAGUUAAUCUAUAAAACAAACGAUCGAUAAAACAAACGCAACAAAAAAAGCAACAUAUACUAAAUCGUCCACUUUAUUUUAUAUAUUCAACCUUAUGCUUUAGGUAUGUGUGGUAAAGAUGUGUUGCAGAAUGUAUAUAAAUAAGUACAAGCUCACCCGCCAUGGCGACUAUUGUAUAAACUGAGAUCGAAUAUUUGAUUAAUGAACUAAAAAAUAGACACAAGUUAAGUCUGAUAAGAACUUGAACCUUUUUUUCACCUCAGUCUGACAACAAAUGAUGGCUCUGUAAUCAAUUAAGGUAUGGGUUAAUAUCAGAAACAACAGCAAAUACAUGUUAAAUAGCUAAAUUUUAUAAGUAGUUCAAACAUAACUCCAGUAGUCUAAGACCUACCACUGUUACCGUUAUCUUGCUGUGAUUAAAUGUGAUCAGAAAUAUUACACCAAACCAAUAUUUGUAUUCUGUAAGCUAUGUUCAUAAAUUGCGGUAUACAAUUGUAACAUAAUUAUUUUUUAAGGCCGUCAUUGAUUUUUACCGAACUAAAAUGAAAUUUUUUUUAUGGGAAUAACUGAAAGGAAUUAUUUAAGUGUAGUAAAAUCACUGAACCCAGUCGAUGCGGUUUUAGAACAAUUUAAAAAGUUAUUCAUAUUUGUUUGUUAGUUUGUUAGCUGAUACUUGAGACUUGAUUGUUUCCUUAUAUGGAAGUUUUGGUACCGUAAUUUUUGUCGUUUAAAUUUCUCUGGUUUUCCUUCUUUGUUGGAAAGGCCGCCUUAAAGUGUCUUUUGAUGUUAUUAGGAAAUUGUACCAAAAAGCGCAACUAAGUGAAUGUUUAUUUUGAAGUUGUUGUUAUAUCAAAGCGGUUUUGUUGUUAUACAUUCGAUUUUCAAAUCAUUUGGAUGAUUUUUAAAGUUGUUCAGUACAUUUUUAGUUUAGAAAAUAUGUAAUUUAUUAAUAUGGUAGACAAAUUGCUUAUGACUGUGGGUUGUGCAUAUGUAAGUGCAAUUUAAGUGUACAUUGAUAAUCAUUUUGUUGAACAUAUUUCAUACUUUGGCCAACUCAAGCUUUACACUAUAUAU